AUGUCACUCACCCGCACCUCAAUUCACCGAUUCCGUUACAUCUACCGCACCAUAUCAUCACCGUCAUCAACUUCUAUUACCACUCGCUUUCAAUUUCAACGCAUCAUCACCUCUCAUCCCAUUCCCAAACCCUUCCAAUUCAACUCUUCUUACUCCUCCUCCUCCUCCUCCUCCUCACUCAAACAAGACUUCAUCGGCGACGGCGAUGGCGCGUAUCCCACCGGUGACUUCAAUUUUGAACCAGUUACCGGCUUCAACAAGUUCACCGUCAAGCUAAAGACGCUAAUAGCCUUACCUUGGGAGCGUGUUCAACACGGCAGCAUCUUGAAAAUCGUUUUGCGCGGCCAGAUAUCCGAUCAACUGAAAAGUAGAUUCUCCAAGGGAUUAUCUCUCCCUCAAAUUUCUGAUAAUUUUUUGAAAGCAACUUACGAUCCUCGUGUUUCUGGCGUAUAUCUUCAUAUCGAUACUUUAAAUUGCGGUUGGGCUAAAGUUGAAGAAAUUCGAAGACAGAUCUUAAAUUUCAGAAAAUCAGGGAAAUUUGUUGUGGCUUACGUCCCUUCAUGUCGAGAAAAAGAAUAUUACAUUGCUUGUGCAUGUGAAGAAAUAUAUGCCCCUCCAAGUGCUUAUUUUUCUCUGUUUGGAUUGACUGUUCAAGCUGGAUUUGUCAGAGGUUUAUUUGACAACCUUGGAAUUGAACCACAAGUUGAAAGAAUUGGAAAAUAUAAAAGUGCAGGAGAUCAACUAACCCGUAAAACCAUGACUGAAGAUAAUCGUGAGAUGCUGACCACAUUGCUGGAUAAUAUCUAUUCAAAUUGGCUGGAUAAAGUCUCUUCUGCUAGAGGAAAGAAAAGAGAAGAUAUUGAGAACUUUAUUAACGAAGGUGUGUAUCAAGUUGACAAACUGAAAGAAGAGGGUUUCAUAUCAUGCAUACUUUAUGAUGACGAGGUUAUGACUAAGUUGAAGGAGAGACUUCGGGUGAAAACAGACAAAAAUCUGCCUGUGGUUGAUUUCAGAAAAUACUCUGGAGUUAGAAAAUGGACUGUUGGAGUAUCAGGUGGUAAAGAACUCAUAGCUGUCAUCCGAGCCUCAGGGGCCAUUCACCGUGUUGAGAGUCCAUUAAGUGCCCCUAGCAAAAGUAUCAUCGGAGAGAAAUUCAUUGAGAAGAUCCGUAGGGUCAGAGAGUCAAAGAAAUUCAAGGCUGCUAUUAUCCGAAUUGACAGUCCAGGAGGUGAUGCUCUUGCUUCUGAUUUAAUGUGGAGAGAAAUCAGGCUUUUGGCUGCUUCAAAACCAGUUAUUGCUUCAAUGUCUGAUGUGGCAGCAAGUGGAGGAUACUACAUGGCAAUGGGAGCAGGAGCUAUUGUUGCAGAAAGCCUUACCUUAACUGGUUCAAUUGGAGUUGUUUCAGGAAGAUUUAACCUUGGGAAACUUUAUGAGAAGAUUGGUUUCAACAAAGAACUGAUUUCAAGGGGUAAAUAUGCCGAACUCCAUGCAGCUGAACAGCGCUCUUUAAGGCCACAUGAAGCAGAGCUAUUUGCCAAGUCUGCACAGAAUAUUUAUAAACAAUUUCGAGAUAAGGCGGCUUUUUCCAGAUCAAUGACGGUAGACAAGAUGGAAGAGGUCGCACAGGGGAGGGUUUGGACCGGUAAGGAUGCAGCAUCUCAUGGGUUGGUUGAUGCUAUUGGUGGGCUAUCCCGUGCUAUUGCUAUAGCAAAAUUGAAGGCUAAUAUACCUCAAGACAGACAGGUUACUAUUGUGGAGCUCUCAAGACCCAGUCCUUCUCUACCUGAGAUUUUAAGCGGUCUAGGCAAUUCUCUCGUUGGAGCUGACGAAACACUUAAGGAACUAUUACAUGACUUGACAAUUUCUGAUGGAGUUCAAGCACGGAUGGACGGAAUCGUGUUUCAGAAAUUGGAAGCAUAUCCAUCUCCCAACCCCAUUUUGGCAUUGAUGAAAGAUUACCUCGGUUCUAUGUAG